AUGGCCAGGACGGGAAGGAGAGCACGCGUCCCCUCCGGGAGCCCACGGGGCCGGGGCCACCCUGGCUCCCGCUACCUGUUUGCGGUGGUGGAGCCCAUCCUGCCCAGCCUGCAGGAGGACGGCAUCGUGGUGUGGGUGCUGGGCUCGGGGCCGUACCCCCCCGGCGUCGUGGCCCUGCAGGAGCUGCUGGAUGCGGCCUCCGAGGAGCUGGAGCCCGAGGACGUCUGGCAGCCCGAGGACAUGAACGACACUUGCCUCUACAUCUUCACCUCCGGCACCACCGGUCUCCCCAAAGCUGCCCGCGUCUCCCACCUCAAGUCCAUCAUGUGCCUGAGCUUCUACGAGCUGGUGGGAGCCUCCAGCCGGGACGUGGUGUACCUGGCGCUGCCCCUCUACCACAUGGCCGGCUCCCUCCUGGGCAUCGUCGGCUGCAUCGGCAUCGGGGCCACUUGUGUGCUGAAGGAGAAGUUCUCAGCCAGCCAGUUCUGGGAUGACUGUCGGGCCGAGGGGGUCACCGUCUUCCAGUACAUCGGGGAGCUCUGCCGCUAUCUGGUCAACCAGCCCGAGCGCCCCGGGGAGCGGGAGCACGGGCUGCGGCUGGCGGUGGGCAGCGGGCUGCGCCCCGACGUCUGGCGGAGCUUCCUGCAGCGCUUCGGGCCCAUCCGCAUCGUGGAGACCUACGGGAUGACCGAGGGCAACGUCACCCUCUUCAACUACACGGGGACGCCGGGGGCCGUGGGGCGCAGCAGCUUCAUCUACAAGCUCUUCUCGCCCUUCGAGAUCGUGCGCUACGACGUGACGGAGGGAGCCCCGGUGCGGGACGCGGCCGGGCGCUGCAUCCGCGUGGGGACGGGCGAGACGGGGCUGCUGAUCGCCCCGGUGACCCCCCGGACCCCCUUCCUGGGCUACGCCGGCAGCCGGGAGCUGUCGGAGCAGAAGCUGCUGCGGGGGGUCUUCGCCGAGGGUGACACCUACUUCAGCACCGGCGACCUGAUGGAGCAGGAUGCGGCCCAGUUCGUCCGCUUCCGCGACCGCACCGGGGACACCUACAGGUGGAAAGGCGAGAACGUGGCCACCACGGAGGUGGCUGAAGCCUUGAUGGCCCACGAGUCCCUGCAAGAAGCCACCGUCUACGGCGUCACUGUGCCAGGCCACGAGGGUCGUGCCGGGAUGGCGGCGCUGGUGCUGCGCCCCGGCUGCCGGCUGGACGGUCCCGCUCUCUACCGGCACGUGGAGCAGCUCCUGCCGCCCUACGCGCUGCCCCGCUUCCUCCGGCUGCAGGAGCGCCUGGCGAUGACGGAGACCUUCAAGCAGCAGAAGGUGCGGCUGGGGCAGGAGGGCUUCGAUCCGACUCGCGUCCCCGAUCCUCUCUUCCUGCUGGAUGAGCCCACCAAAGCCUACGUGCCCCUCAGCCCCGCACUCUGGGAGGGCGUCCUGGAUGGGAGCCGCCGCGUUUAG